AUGGCAGAGAAUUGUAUCGAAGUUGCGCACAGCUGGAAAGCUGAUCAGUGGGAUUGGCCUUUACAACAUCACGACGGUGUUGUAAAGUUGACGAAUACGAACGAUAAAUUCGAAGUGACUCUCGAUGCAGCCUUCUUCACACCAAAUGAAAUUGAGGUGCAGCCACUGUCACGGUCAUCCUUAUUCCUACAAAUGUGUGCUGCAAAAAGAAUCACAAAAUUUAUGCAUGUUGUGUAUGAAUCGUGA